AUGUUGCUAACCAGGCCUCUCCCAUUGCUCAGUCUUCGCGCUAUUGUUGUACUUGCCUGUGGGCGAGACCACCUUCAUUCGCAAGUCUUUGAUCAUCAUGUUGCUCUUGCAAAGAGGCAGGAGACCGUGUUCCCUCCUGUCCUUGACCAGAAUGAAGCCAUCUUGCUCAAUUCCUUUGACAACGCUACCAUCGAAAGUUGGAGCUACUACUAUACUCACGGUCUGCAUGUGGCAGGUACGAAUCAAUCAAUGGCUCAGUGGACAGCUGAUCGCUGGAAUGAAUACGGUUUCACGGCAGGUUUGGUGUCAUACUAUGUCUACCUGAAUUACCCAGUGUCACACUCAUUGACCGUAUCAUUCGCCAACGGGUCAACUUUCGCACCGCUACUUGAGGAGGAAGUAUUGACAGAGGACGAGACCACUUCUUAUCCGAACAGAGUACCCACUUUCCACGGCUACUCUUUUACUGGCGAUGCUGAAGGGGAGUACGUCUACGUCGGACGCGGACAGAAAGUCGACUUCGAACGUCUGAAGGCCUUGGGCGUGCAACUGGAAGGAAAAAUUGCACUGGCGCGCUAUGGCGGUCCAUUCCGCGGACUCAAAGUCAAGAACGCCCAAGAGUAUGGUAUGGUGGGGUGUAUCAUCUUUACAGACACCGCUGAUGAUGGAAACAUCACGGAGGCGAAUGGCUAUGCAGCCUAUCCCGAUGGACCAGCGCGAAAUCCUACCUCAGUGCAGCGCGGGAGCGUCGAGUUUCUCUCUACGUAUCCUGGUGAUCCUGAAACCCCAGGCUACCCAUCCAAGCUUGACUCUCCACGGUCAGACAGAUCUGUAGUGACACCUCAGAUACCGUCUCUGCCGAUUUCGUGGAAAGAUGCGCAACCCCUUAUUCAAGCUCUUGAUGGGCACGGGCCAGACGGCAAGACAAUAAACCGCACCAAUUGGAUCGGGAAGCUUAAUGCCACUUAUUCGAGCGGACCUGCUCCAGGAACUACUAUCUCUAUGUCUAACGUCAUGCGAGAUGAGAUCACUUGGAUCUGGGACAGUAUUGGUAUCAUUAAUGGCACUAAUGAAGACGAAGUCAUCGUCCUCGGCAAUCACCGUGACGCCUGGAUUGUUGGUGGUGCAUCUGAUCCCAACUCCGGCUCUGCUGUAUUGAUAGAGAUGGCCAAAGCAUUUAGCGCACUGUUGAAGACUGGCUGGAAACCCAAGCGUACCAUUGUCUUUGCUUCCUGGGACGCAGAGGAGUAUGGAUUGCUUGGCUCCACCGAAUGGGUUGAAGAGUACAUCCCCUGGCUGAAGGAGUCGGCGGUGGCUUAUCUCAAUCUUGACGGUGCCGCUUCCGGUCCAAAUCCAGAUCUAUCCGCUUCGCCCGAAUUGCACAAGAUCGCAACAGAAACCAUGAAGAAGGUCAUCUACCCGUACCAUGGCUAUAACAAUCUGACAUACUACGAUGUGUGGUAUGGCUUGAGCAAGGGCACAGUCGGCGUGCUUGGAUCAGGCAGCGACUAUACCGCGUUUGUGCACAAUGGCAUUGCUUCUUUGGAUACGGGCUGUGGUGGGGGAGCCAGUGAUCCUGUUUAUCAUUACCACUCAAAUUACGACAGCUUCCACUGGAUGACCACUUAUGGCGAUCCUGACUUCCUUGCCCAUAAGGCUGUCGGGCAACACUUGUCCUUACUGGUGUACCAUCUCGCGAACGACGACAUUAUACCUUUCGACGUCGAGAACUACGGCGUGCAGAUGAGCCGAUAUUUGGGCGAACUCACCGAGUUCGUUGAGUCGGAGAAUGCCACUGCCGUGGUUGACCUCUCUCCACUUGAGACCGCCAUCUCAACUUUCAACACUUCAGCUGAGGCUAUGACUUCUUUCAUCCAAGCUGCGUCGACGGAGGCCGAUAUCAAACUGGUCAACAGCAAACUAAGAGACUUCAGUCGGGGGUUCGUCUCUCAAGGUGGCUUGCCGACCAGAGAGUUCUACAAGCAUGUUGUCUUCGCGCCAGGGUUGGACACGGGCUACGCUCCAGUCGAAUGGCCAGGUAUUACGGAGGCCAUUGACGCCGGCAAUUUGACUCUUGCGCAGCUCUGGGUGGAGAAGUCAGCGAGGGCCGUGGAGUUUGCUGCGAGGAUUCUGGCGCCGUAG